CCCUUCAUCAUGGUGGUCAUCAACUAUCGUCUCAAUAUAUUUGGCUUCGGAGCCUCUUCCGACAUGCUAGCUGCGCAAAGCAGUCAGGACGCUGUCAAGGGCGUCAACUUUGGUCUUCGAGAUCAGAAACUCGCCCUGAUCUGGAUCCGACGCAACAUUGCUGCUUUUGGAGGAGAUCAAGACAAGGUCACCAUCAUGGGCCAUUCCGCGGGCGCCAUCUCGUGCCACAUCCACCUCCUCGAGGCCGAACUCGACACUAAGAAAUCCCUAUUCAGCAAGGCUAUCCUACUGUCUGGUGCG